UUUUCAGAUACGUAUCCUGCUGUAUCUGAUGCGUAUCUGGUCGAUCCAGCAUUUUUCGGUCAUGCCAGCGUGUAGCCGGUGCCUUGUAGGUUCAGAAUCUAUUCUCGGAUGCUCCGGAAACACGUCAAAAAUUGCCGGAAACGCCCGAAAACGCUUUCUUAAAUAAAUCGGAUCGUGGGGCAAUACUACUCUUUGAGACGGUUUAUUACACGAACGUGGGCCGGGUCGUGUCUUUGGCGGAUUGGCCUAUAAUGGGUCCCCUACCCACCCUUGUAACAGAACCUAUAAAAUCUCUAAACCUUGUUGUAGGGUUUAUCAGAUUUUCGGAGGCGCGCUAAAACCCCUGAAAAAAUGAGUUCCCACUACCUCUCGCCGGAGCCACUCUCGGCCUCGGGUCGGAGCUCCGAGAAGAUGAGCCUCCCGACGCUUCAAUCCAAGAUGAAGUGCGACCCGGAAGGGUACGAAACGGAGCUUCUCCUCGUCUACAACCAAUUCAAGUCGUCGCUGGAGCUCUUCAAGCAGCAAGCCGAUCUCGGAUUCAAGUCCGUCACCGGCAGCGGGGGCAGCGACCCAACCGUCGCCAAGGACCUCGCCGACCGGGCCAUGUUUCUGGCCCACGUCACCCCCUUCUACCCGGCCCAAUUGGCCCAAUUCCCAUCUCAGCUCUCCGAGUUUCUCCACUCCUCUGCUCGGACUCUUCCCUCUGGUCUCAGAUUGCAUGUUGCUCAAGCUCUCAUUCUUCUUAUGAACCGAAAGAUGGUGGAUAUUGGAGACAAUCUGGGUUUGUUUAUGGAGUUACAGAGUUACGGCGAUAAGGCUUUAAAGAUACUGGCUUACAAUCAUGUCAUUCAUAGCAUAAAGAGAAUGAAUUUGAAGCAUAAGAAUGAGGCUAAGAAUCGGGCGCUUCAGAAUGUCUUGUUUCGGAUGCUACAGCUAGAGGAUGAAACAAAGGCAAAGAGAGCACUUAUCACUCUACGUGAGCUUCACCGGAGAAAGGUGUGGUUUGAUGAAAAUACAGCAAACGCGAUCUGCUCUGCAUGUUUUCAUCCAUCGUCGAGGAUAAUGAUUGCUUGUCUCUCAUUUCUGCUUGAUUAUGAGAAGAUUGAAGAGGAGGAUGAUAGUGAUGCAUCGAGUAGUGAUGAGGACACUCCUCAUAAAGCCCAUGUAGCCAUUAAUAGAGAGGAUAUAUACAAGGCGCACCAUAAGGGUACACUUGCUAGCAAGAAGAAAAAGAAAGCAAAACUGCAGCGUGCCAUCCGUAGCCUGAAAAAACAGCAACGCGUAACAUCAGAAAAAAGUACAUCGAAUUAUCAUACACCACUUAAUCAUUUGAGAGAUCCACAGGAAUUCGCUGAGAAGCUAUUCUCCCGUCUUCAAAAUAGUACAAAAGUUGAACGCUUUGAGGUCAAGAUGAUGAUGUUGAAAGUAGUUGCUCGAACGAUUGGGCUUCAUCGCUUGGUUGUGUUGAACUUUUAUCCUUAUUUUAUGAACUACAUUACGCCUCAUCAAAAUGGUGUCACUGAAUUACUCGCUGCAGCAGUCCAGGCCUGCCAUGAUAUGGUUCCUCCUGAUGCAGUUGAACCACUUUUCAAACAAAUAAUAAUCAAAUUUGUAGAUGAUCGUGCACAGCCAGAGGCUAUAGCUGUUGGACUGAAUACUAUAAGGGAAAUAUGUUUACGAAUGCCUCUGUUGAUGACGGAAGAUUUGCUGCAAGAUCUUGCAUUAUAUAAGAAAUCACAUACCAAAGCAGUUUCAGUAGCAGCCCGUUCACUCAUUGGCUUAUUCAGAGAGCUUAACCCCUCCCUGCUGAUUAAGAAGGAUCGUGGCCGCCAACAUGUUAACUCAAAGGCAAGGCCAAAAGCGUAUGGAGAAGUCGAUGUACUUAACGAUGUUCCUGGUCUUGAUUUACUGAAAAAUGAUGAUGACAAUGAGGACAGUGAUGAUAAUGACGACGAUGAUGAUGAACCAUCAUUAAGGGGCACUGAUGAGAUGCUAGCUUCCAGUGAUGAUGAAGGCUUGCAAAUAACCAACACUGAUAGCGGAAGUGAAAAUGACGACAUGAUGUCUGAAGAUGGUGAUGAGAUAGAUGAGAAUGACAGUGAUGUGAGUGGUGAUGAGGAUGAGGUGGAAGCGGAGGAUGAAGAUGAGGAUGAGGAGGAAGAAUCUGACAAAAAUGAUGGAUCUGGAGUAAAAGAAAACACGGCAAAAAAGAGGAAAUUUGCUGAUUUUGAUGCACAACUUAAUGAUGCUGAAGCAAGUCUUAGGACUUUGAAGAGAUUAGCCAAAGAAAAUAUGGGUUCUGUGCCUUCAGACUCGACAGAUGGUUUUCUUUCUAAUGAGGAUUUCCGAAGGAUUAAGGAAUUAAAGGCAAAGCAGCGAUUGACUCAGCAGGGGUUGGUGAAAAAGAGCUCAGAUGCAAAGUCGACAGCAUUCAGGAUUCCAACUUCCGAUGAAUUAAGCAGUAAGCGAGUUGAUCCUGCUAAGCUUGAAGUCCAUGUAAAAAGAAGAAUGACUAAGGAGGAGAAGCUGGCUUUAGUGAAAGCAGGGAGGGAGGAUAGAGGGAAGUACAUUUCUAAAGCUGCUGUGAAACAGAAGAAGACGGGAGGUCUGAGCAAUAAGCAGAAGGAACACAAGAAGGCUAUGCCACUUGUUGCAAAGAGGGCAAAGGUUGCAAAGUCUCGAGUGGAGAAACGGAAAAAGCAGCAGCUUUCUGGCAAAAAUUUCAGAGGGAAGAAAGCAUGGAAAUGAUCCUGGAAAGUCCAAUAUACUUUUUGUCCUGCUUCUGGUUCAGUUCCAGUAAAGUUUACUUUUACUUUCUUUGGCCAGAAGUAAAUCAUAAAUUUGAGAUGAAGACUU